AUGUUCCAGGCAAAUUGGACAUCUGUAACAGAUUUUCUCUUCCUGGGUUUCUCAGAAUACCCAAAGGCUGAGUUCAUCAUAUUUGUGCUGUGUCUCUUGAUGUACAUGAACACCUUGCUGGGCAAUAUUAUUCUGAUCUCUAUCACCAUCUUGGAUUCUCACCUGCACACCCCCAUGUACUUCUUCCUCAGCAACCUCUCCUUUCUCGACAUCUGGUAUACCUCCUCUGCUCUCACUCCAAUGCUGACAAACUUUAUUUCAGGGAGAAACACCAUCUCAUUCUCAGGAUGUGCUUCUCAGAUGUACUUCUCUCUUGCCAUGGGCUCUACUGAAUGCGUUCUGCUGUCCAUGAUGGCAUAUGACCGGUAUGUGGCCAUCUGCAACCCCCUGAGAUACCCCAUCAUCAUGAACAGGAGGGUCUGUGUGCAGAUUGCAGCUGGCUCAUGGGUGACAGGCUGCCUCACUGCCCUGGUGGAAACCAUGUCUGUGCUAUCACUGUCUCUCUGUGGUAACACCAUCAUCAACCAUUUCACUUGUGAAAUUCUGGCUAUCCUGAAAUUGGUUUGUGAGGACACCUCCAUGGCACAGUUAGUCAUGCUGGUAAUCAGUGUACUACUUCUUCCCUUACCUAUGCUCCUCAUUUGUUUCUCUUAUGCAUUCAUCCUCUCCAACAUUUUGAGAAUCAGCUCAACAGAUGGACGAAGCAAAGCCUUUUCGACCUGCGCAGCCCACCUGACUGUGGUGGUUUUGUUCUAUGGGACAGCACUCUCCAUGUAUCUGAAGCCUUCAGCAGUAGAUUCACAGGAAAUAGAUAAAUUUAUGGCAUUGGUAUAUACUGGGUUAACCCCGAUGUUAAAUCCUAUCAUCUAUAGUCUACGGAACAAAGAGGUAAAAAUGGCUGUGAAAAAAUUGCUGCUGAGAAAUCCUUUUAAUACUAUCUUAAAUUCUAUCUUCAAAUAA